AUGGAGCCCGUUGAAAUGGAUGAUUGGGAAUACUGGGGUGAUGAAUACCUCGAAGAUGAACCCACAUAUGCUAUACGACCUGGAACUCGAGUUGUGAAGGUUGAGAGGGUUCCAAUGAUGCGAGGAGAACUGAAAAUAUCCGGUGCCACGUCAUCGUCAGGUCCAGCCACGUCCUAUGUGAUUCGUGAGAAGUCGAAUUCAGGUGGAUCUCAGAACGGAGACUCAGUUUGUGCUGUUUGUGGUGAUGGAAUCGCAAAAUUACAUUAUGGAGUUUUGGCUUGUUAUGGAUGUAAAGGAUUCUUUCGGAGGACGUUAACUGGAAAAUAUCGUUAUGCUUGUAGAUUUGGAAAUAAUUGUAUUGUCGAUAAAUUUCACCGAAACAGCUGUAGAUAUUGUCGAUUCCAACGAUGUAUUCAAGCCGGAAUGGAUCCGAAAGCAGUUCGACCCGAUAGAGAUCAAACGGGAAAACAGAAAGUUCCGAGGAUAAAGAAGAAGCAAAUUGAUGAGGAAUUACUGAAUCACAUGAUGAGGCUACAAGGAGAUGAUUGGUCACGAAAACUUCCAGUAGAAACGCGAAUUUUAUUAAUGCAAUUGAUGAGUAUUGAGGAUAAAGUAGUGAAAGGAGACAACAAUAUGAGUGCACAGAACACUGCAAAAGAUCCAAAAAGUAUUUCUCUCCGUGAAAUGUUUGAAUCGAAACCAGCUCUCGAUGGGCGGCGGAUGGAGAUUGGAUAUGAGCCAUUUCGAAUGGCAAGAACUGAAGAAUUAGGAGUUAUUGCACAUCGAAGAGCAAUCGCAGCAGUGGAUUGGGUUGAUUCAUUGACUGAAAUUGCUGAUGCUGUGGAUACAGAAGAUAAAGUUGCAUUGGUGAAAAGUUGUUAUUCUCCAUUGACAAUUUUCAAUUUCUCGGCGAGAACUGCCCAGAAUACAAAGAAUCCAGAUAUUUUAUGUCUAUGCAGUCAUUCUUAUGUUCCAAGACGACUACCUCCAGAGUUUAAUGAGACAAAUCAUCUGUCCAACUUCCUGAUCGACAGAACUCUCAAUGAAUUGGUUGCUCCAUUGAGAAAAUUAAAUUUGAAAGAGGAAGAAAUUGUUCCAUUAAAAGCAAUUAUCAUCUUGAAUCCAAAUGCAAAAGGACUUUCCGAGCAUGCGAGACAAGCGAUUUCAGAGCUGAGGGAUAAAGUUCAAGACAUGUUAUUCCAAAUCGUGAAGGAACUUCAUCCAAUCUACUCAGCUAGUAGCAGAUUCGGAAAUUUAUUGCUUCUUCUCCCAACUAUUACGACUCUCUCCGGUCUGAUGUCUGAAAACAUGCAUUUCUGUCAAGCACUUGGAGGAAGAGCCAGUGGAGAUAAUCUUCUUGCUGAAAUGUUUGGAGAUAGAGUAUUCGACGAUCAAAUGAUCAGUAGCAGUAUCAGUCCUCCACUCUUCGAAAAUCCAGCUGAAAUUUGUUUAGAGAGUAUUUCACCGCCAAUGUCAGAUCGAAGAUUCGUAAAGAAAACGGAUGCAGCGACACAAACAAAUGAUGAUUUGUUAUCGUCUGGACCGUAUCUUCCACACUCGAAUUCAUGCAAUUCCCUUCUCAAUUCUGGAUACUCUCCGCCAAUGCUCUCAUCUUCUCCAUUCCCACUACUUGAUGACAACGACGAAGCCUUCCAGAAUGAUAUCAGUUUAACUGAAUUGAAUGGAUGCGAAGAAUUCUUCAGUCAACUGUUGGAGCAACCCAUCCUCGACAGCUAA